UUCAUGGGUGGAUGGAUUGAUGGGUGAGUUGAUGAGUGGAUGGAUGGAAAAAUGUUGGAUUGAGAGAAGAUUGGAUGGAUGGAUGGAUGGGUGGAUGGAUGGAUGAUUGAAUAGAUGGAUGAAUACAUGGAUGGGUGGAUUGAUGGUUGGAUGGGUGCGUGGAUGAAUGGAAGUUUGGACGGAUCAAUAUUUAGGUGGAUGGAUGCAUCUUCCCACCUUCCCUUCUCCCAAGCUGUUCUGCUAGCCAGGGAGGUGCCUGCUCAGGUCCUGGUUGACAAGUUCCCGGCAGCACACGUGCAUAAGCAGACUUGGUGGGGAGAACUUGAAGCAGUAUGAAACAACCCACGUGGUUUAUUAUAACCCUCUCUCCCUCCAUUUCAGCCCAUAGAGAGCUGCUCCAGCAGCAGGGAGACAGUGAUACAAACCGGGUGGAAGUGACCAGGAGGAGGGUGUCCCCAUCUGACAUCUCAUGUUCGUGCCGUGCCUCGCUGGGAUGGAGCUGGGUGCUUUUCAUUGAGCCCCACCACCGUCCCACUCACUUCCCUGCGCACGAGGGAGAGCAGUGCCCUCUGUUCAUGUACCACAUCUUCCAGCAACCCGACAGAUGUUUGAAAACACUGCCAUUAAAUCAGCUCGAGGCCAUAAACAGCCCUUAGCCGUAAAGCUGCAGUACUGGGGCAAUAAAACACAGAGGUGUCCCCUGUGCUGAGGAAGGCACGCUGGUCGCAUAAAAAAUAAAUCUUAUUAUAUUAGAAAUCGAGAGCGAGGGUUUUUUUUUUUUCUGAUUUUUUUUUUUUAUAAUAUCUAUAAAUUAAAGCUAAAUGAUUUUUAUCACCACGGUUCCCAGGGCCUCGUGAAAAACUGCCGCACCUAUGCUGCACUUUCCAUCCAGCAAGCUCACAAAUUACCGAGGGCGAAAACGAAACAUAAAAUUAGGUAAAAGGGAAGGAGCGGUGAACGUGCCGAGGGUUCCCAACGUGGAGCACACUCAAGGAGAAGGAUUUUGGGGCAGACUCAGCUUCCCCUGCUCGGAGUCUCCAUGAUGACAUCAACCACACCACAGUCAGGGAGUGGAAGCUCAUCACGGUCACACGGAGCAUGCCCUCAGGUUGCUGUGCAGGACGCUGGACCCCCCCCUUGGCACCCCCCGUCUGGAUCCCCUACAUCCACCUAUAACCCGCAGCUAUGGGGGUUAAGACGAUGCUGCCCAGCCACGAGCUGGGCUUCUACGCUCUCACUGUGACCUGUGCCGUGCUGUACAGCAGCAGUGGUAUCUUCGAGGCAUCCAGAGACAGCAUGAACAGGAAGGCCUUUCGGGAUGGCAUCAAGCCAGGCUGGCACUACUUCGGCAGGAAGAUGGACGUGGCCGACUUCGAGUGGGUGAUGUGGUUCACCUCCUUCAGGAACGUCAUCAUCUUCACCCUCUCGGGACAUGUCCUCUUUGCCAAGGUGUGCUCCAUGACGGUGCCGCAGCACCGGGCCGUGGUGUACAUGCUGUACGGGAUGCUGGCUGUGCUGGGCAGCAUGGGGCUUGCCUACCUGAUGAUCAUCCUUUCCCACUGCCUCAUCCUCUACUCCGUGGCGCUGGCCAAGCAGAAGUGGCUCUGCUACGUGGCCGGGCUCUGCUGCCUCGCCUCCAUCAAGCUGGAGCCCUUCAGCUCCUGGCAGAGCGGGUUUGUAACAGGAGCUUUUGAUCUUCAAGAUGUCCUUUUCUACGGAGGAAGCGGCUUCACCAUCAUGCGCUGCAUGAGCUUCGCGCUCGAGAGCUCCGAGAGGAAGGAGGGCAUCUUCUCCAUCUUCGACCUCCUCAAGUACAACUUCUACCUUCCCUUCUUCUUCUUCGGGCCCGUCAUGACGUUUGACCAGUUUCACACCCAGGUGACCACCCGAGAUCUGCGCCGCAAAGAUGACGAGAUGAGGAACAUUCGGGUCCACGCCCUCCUCCAUGUGGGGGCCAUCAUCGCUGUGGACAUCUUCUUCCACUUCUUCUACAUCCUCACCCUCCCUUCUGACCUGAAGUUCGUGAACCGCCUCUCGGACUGGUCCUUGGCUGGCUUGGCCUACUCCAAUUUGGUGUACGACUGGGUCAAAGCUGCUGUCAUGUUUGGGGUCAUCAACACUAUUGCCAGACUGGACCACUUGGACCCACCCCAGCCCCCAAAAUGCAUCACCAUGCUCUACGUCUUCGCAGAAACGCAUUUUGACAGAGGGAUCAACGACUGGCUGUGCAAGUAUGUGUAUGACCACAUUGGAGAGAACCACGACAACAUCAUGAAAGAGCUCAUGGCCACCAUUGCCACCUUUGCUGUCACCACUCUGUGGUUGGGACCCUGUGAGAUUGUUUACAUCUGGUCUGUCUUCAACUGUUUUGGCCUCAACUUUGAGCUCUGGGUGCAGAAAUUCUUCCAGUGGGAGCCCCUCUCCAAACUGGAGGCCAAAAUGUCAGCGGCCAUGUCUCGGCGGAUUAGGGCAGCUUUUGGGGCAGCGAAUUUCUGGGCCAUCGUGCUCUACAACAUCCUAGCCCUCAACAGUCUGGAGUUUGCAUUGCUGGUCACCAAGAGACUCCUCGUGACAGGUUUCCCUGUCAGCACCUUGUCCAUCUGGUUCAUCACAUACUGUGGAGUGCAGCUGAUCAAAGAGCGUGAACGCAUCCUGGCCAUGGAAGAAGAGAAGAGUGACAAACACAAGGCAGAGUAGAGGAAGACAUCAGUGGGCUUGCCCCAAAGCCUUGACUCCCCUCUGACCACCUCUGCCAGGCCAGCUGCUGGCAGGGGCUCUCCAAGCACUCCUGGCAAUCAGACUGCUGUAGCUCACCCACAGAGAAGUCAUCUGGAAGGCACAUGCCACCCGUUUGCUGUAGGGAUCUCCUGUGGCACAGCGGGCAUUUUGCAGGCUCCCCACACGUGGUGGACUGCUGAGAUAGGCUCCUGAGAUGCUUCUUUAAGGCUCCAUCCUUUUUCUGACCCUUUGGCACCAUGCAGACCUAGACCUCUGCUCCCCAUAACACCCGAUUCAUCAGCAUUUGGCUCUCCCAUAGGACCUGCAGCCCAGGUCUCCCAUCUCUGGGUUGCUUCCAGAUGGAGCAUCACAUUUUUCUUUCACUGCAAGAAAUGGUCAUCAUAUACCAUAAAUGGUUCAACAUCUGGGGCUGUGCAUUAAGGACUGUGAAACUGCUCAGCACAAUGUACGCCUACCAAGAGGCUAAUAAAUAAAUAGAACAGUCUUUUAUAGCAAAGGGAAAGAGGUUCAGGAACUGCACAUGGAAGAGUAAUUGUCUUCCCACCGCUGUCAGCGGCGCAGAGUGAUGUCUGUUAGUAUCUCCAAACAGGUCCCUUCAGUCCUAAACAUCUUGAGAGAUGAUUUAGUGCCAGCCCCAGGUGUGGUUAGUGACAGUGCAGGGGGCACGCCUGCUUCACAGCCAGAGCACUGCUCGCCUGCGGGAUGGGCAUGUGGAAGGAACAGCACACACAGCUCACAGGGCUCAGCCCAGACCCAGCUCAGCCCCAAAGGGCCCUUUGCUGUGGGUCGUGCAAUCGGUGCGGCCACCACAACCACCUUGCUGUGACACGUGCCCUGGGACUCAAACCAAGCACCACUCAGCUUUUUUGCAUGCCAUGGAGAAAGGUUUAAGCUCACAUUCCUCUCCAUGGCCAAAGGCUCGGUAGCCAACUUUUACCCAUCUCCAGCCACCCAGCCCGACUUCGGUGCACGCAGCCUAAGCCUGUGCUAAAUGAGUAUACACACACACAUACAGCCAAAGGAGAAAGGCACCAAACGGAGGGCAGCACUUCGAGGCUGAGUGGUGGAGGGGAAGUGCCUGAUAGCCUCCUUGGAGAAACAGACUUUGGGGCACUGGGAAGUGCAUUGAAUAAAUGACUCCACGGUGCCUUGGGGAAGAGGUGGGUUUAUCACUGACAAUAGCUCCAGCUCUCUUGCACUUUACAGCAGCUUUCAGUGGCCUUAUGUAUGCAUUAUGUCGCGUGUGGUGAGGGUAGAAUCUGGACCACUUUGCAACACGGGUUGAGAUGCUCGGUGCUGCUGUGUUCUGGCUUCCCUGUGGGUGAAGCAGGAAUGGUUCCUUGUCAGCUUUCAGCUCUGCCAAAGUGAUUUACAAAGUCCCCGAUAAAAGUCAUUUAUUUAUGUAGUAAAAAAUUGUUGGACAUCUA